UAUCCAGAGCGGAAGCCCAGUCGCUGGGAAUCUCCCGCCUGCUGCAGUUGAGAAUCCUAGAGCCCUGGACCAGCACGUGGAGUAGGGAGCGCACGUGGAACAGCAGCAUGGAAGAUUCACAGUCAGGUAUGGACCUAAGUAAUUCUCAGGAACAGUCAGUGGCUACAGAAGGACAGGAAGUUUUGAAAGACUGUAAUGUGAACAAAUUCCAGGAGAUGGAAAACAUGGAUAGUAGGGAAGAUAUGAAAGAGCACAGUCAACCUCAUGAAGAAACAGGAGAUGACUUGGUCAAAGUGAAGGGUGAAUACAAUGAAAGAGAAGAGAGUGCUUUGAAUUCAGAGCCUAUGGAAAAUACAGAAGAAUCUGAAAUACCUUACAGCUAUUCAAGAGAAUAUAAUGAAUAUGAGAGCAUUAAACUGGAGAGACAUUCUGGUUCAUAUGACAACAUCAGGCCAACUAGUGGAAAGAUGAACUGCGAUGUCUGUGGAUUAGCCUGCAUUAGCCUCAAUGUCUUGAUGGUUCAUAAGCGUAGCCACACUGGUGAACGGCCAUUCCAGUGUAAUCAGUGCGGAGCGUCCUUUACUCAGAAGGGUAACCUCCUCCGCCACAUUAAACUACAUACAGGGGAAAAACCUUUUAAAUGUCAUCUUUGCAGCUAUGCCUGCCAAAGGAGAGAUGCACUAACAGGUCAUUUAAGGACACAUUCUGUGGAGAAGCCCUACAAAUGUGAGUUUUGUGGAAGGAGUUACAAGCAGAGAAGCUCAUUAGAGGAGCAUAAAGAGCGAUGUCGUACUUACUUGCAGAGCACUGGCAUGUGUGAGGCUGCAAGCGUGGAGGCAAGGCACAUCAAAGCAGAGAUGGGGACUGAAAGAGCACUUGUGCUGGACAGGUUAGCGAGCAACGUGGCAAAACGAAAAAGUUCAAUGCCUCAGAAAUUUAUUGGUGAGAAGCGACAUAGCUUUGACAUUAAUUACAAUUCCAGUUUCUUGUAUGAAAAGGAAAGCGAAAUGAUGCAAGGACGUAUGAUGGACCAGGCCAUAAAUAAUGCAAUCAGCUAUCUUGGAGCAGAAGCACUGCGUCCCCUUGUACAAACCCCACCGGCUCCCACUUCUGAGAUGGUUCCUGUCAUCAGCAGCUUGUAUCCCAUACCACUGACCCGCUCUGAAAUGUCAAAUGGCAAUGCACAAGACACAGAGAAGAGCCAUGCCCACCUUAGAGACAAAAGUUUGUCUUCUGACAGAGGCCUUUCCCCAAACAACAGCGGCCAAGACUCCACAGAUACUGAUAGCAACCAUGAGGAGCGCCAGAGUCACACCUACCAUCAAAACCAAAUGAUCCCCUCCCAGGUCCGCAAUGGCCUCCAAUCCUUGAAGGAGCUCCCAAGGCCAUAUGACAUAAUCAAGCCACCAACCAUAUGCCCACGUGAUGCCUUUAAGGUUAUCAAUAAGGAAGGUGAUGUCAUUGGGGUCUACAGAUGUGACCAUUGUCGUGUCUUGUUUUUGGAUUAUGUGAUGUUCACCAUUCAUAUGGGAUGCCACGGAUUCCGUGAUCCUUUCGAAUGCAACAUGUGUGGGUACAGAAGCCAAGACAGAUAUGAGUUCUCCUCACAUAUAGCACGAGGAGAGCACAGAGUGGUCCUGAAGUAAAAGGAUUGAUUUUCCAAGAGACCAAAGGAUCUGUUUUAGAUUUGUUUGUUUUUAAAAUUUGACUAAAAAAAUUGCUUAAAUAUUUUUUGUGCCAAUUCUAAAAAUGUUAGUGUCCUUUGUAGUAGCAAAGUACUGAUGGGGCUUUUUAUUUGUUACUCAAAAUGCAGUAUUCUGUAGCAUCUGUGCCUAGAUACUGCGGUGACUGGCACUAUAUAUAAAUACCAAAGAUAGGCAGAUACAGAUUUUGUAUGAACUUUAUUUUUGUGAAAAUUAAUAACAACUUAAGAUAUGUUUUCAAAUAUUUUAACAUGUAUUUUUGUUAGAACAUUUGCUUCCAGUAAUAGCAAAAUGGCAAUCUAGCUGUAUUCUGAGUGAAAUACAAAGUCAAAUAUUGAUGUAAUAAUUCUCAUAAAAAAAGUUGAAAUUCAGCACAAAAGAUUGUCUAUCCUUACUGCCCUUUCAGAACCACUGUAUUCCAGCCAGUAACGCACAAGAGACACUUUCUGUUAGUGUUUCAAUUCCUGAGGUAUUCCUAAAAUGGCUAAAUUAUUGAAACAGGGAAAACACAUAUCUGGGGAGAUCGUAUUAAAUAACUUUUAAAUAUUUCCCCCAAAGUCUUAAAGAGUGUGUUGUCUCACCACACUUUGCUUUUGCUUACCCCACUCUGUUCACUUUCUUUAAAGUCUCUCCCCACUCACCUCUUACUCAGUAAUACCAAAAUAAGCCAUCUGAGCUAUUGGAGGUUUUGGUUUUUUUAACUGAGUACGCUUUUGGGAUACCCAUUGAGACCCUUUUUUGGCUUGCCCCUAAAUUCUGGAGGAAAUCCUGCUUUUCAUUGACGGAUCAAGUAUGUGUCUUUCUAGCAGACCAAAAUUGCAAUGAGACUUAGACCCAAUUCUGCUCCCACUGACAUCAAUAUCAAAACUCACACUGACUUCACCUGGUGUAGGAGCAGUCUCUAAAAUAUCAAUGGGCAGCCAAAAUGCUCAUUAAGGCAAAUGGGAUUUUUGCUUAUCUAAGGGCAGCAGGAUUGGGCAGUAUGAGGUUACUGUAACUCAGGGAGCGAACAGAGAAGAUAACAUAUAGAACAAAUAUCAUGAAAACUUUUUGAUUUAGAAAGCAAUUUUUGGAUGAAAGUGUACUGGAUGUGAAAAUAAACGUCCCAAGUCUCCUCUCACUUGUGUUACACCUGUGUGAGAGGAAAGCUAGGCUCAAAAUGUAUUGGAUCAGAUGCUACCCUCAUUUACAUCCAUGUAACCUCACUGAUGGCCAUGCGGCUGUGUAGAUGGGCAUAGAAUUUGACUCAAUAUAUUUCGGAUUUAGCGUUGCCAAGUAGAAUCAUAGUGUCCUGGCAGAUAUUAGCAGUAGCUACCGUGAGAAUCUUCAUGUAAGAAUGUGUGGGAGCGGACAAUUCAAUCACACUUUCUGGUUUUACAUGGGGAUAUCCCUUGGAGUGAAAUGUGCUGUUCUGCAAAAUGGUAUUUACGAUUACUUUGAAGACAGUUUUUAAAAUAGUUCUUUUAAUCUAAUCAUUGUUCUGCAGCUGUAUUAUUAGUCACUGUGCUGAAGAUGUGAAUAUGAUAAUAAUUUUGCUGAGUGUAUGUUUAUUUUUUUAAAAUCUUUUAUAUAAUGUAGAGUUAGAUGUGUUUUGCUGGAUUUUUUCAGCCAGUGAGUAUUUGGUUUGAGCACUUAUUUUGUACUUUUUCAGUGUUGUGUCAACUGCUGCAUUAUGUGUUUCACUUUUUUCCAUGAAGCAAAAGUGGGAGCUAGUGUUCUGAAUAGAGGACUGAGUGUCAAGAAAUAGGGAAUUCUAAUUCUGCCUCUGACACUGGCUCCUUCUGUGAUCUUGGACAAAUCACUUCACCUCUCCCUGACUUAUUUUCUCAUGUAAAAAGGGGAUGAUAAUAUUUUCUCUGUCUGAUAGGGGUAUGUGUGAGGAUUAAUAAAAUUAAUGUUUGUAAAAUG